AUGCAGUACAAGGAGAAUUAUCAGCUCCAGCACAACGUGCCAGUACCAGUCCCUGGCCCAGGCGAAUUGCUCGUUCGUGUUCAUGCUGCAGGAUUUUGUCACACAGACUAUCAGGUGUACGAGGGUGCCUAUGGGACUCAACUACCGUUUACCGGAUCUCAUGAGCCAGCUGGAGUGAUCGCCUCACUGGGGCCCAACGUUCCUGACGACUGGGCCGUUGGCACCCGAGUUGGCGUCCUGAACUUUAAGAAGCCUUGCAGUGAGUGUCCGGGCUGCAAAUGGAGACUCUUGUCCUAUGGAACUCUUGAUCCUCGUUAUUGCGAGAACAAGACAAUGAGCGGCAUUGUCAAGGCUGAUGGUGGCUUCGCCGAGUACAUGUUGGCUUCGCACAAUGCGUUGGUGGCCCUGCCAGAUGAUCUCUCUUUUGAGCAAGCAGCACCACUGAUGUGCGCCGGUGCUACCGUGUGGAACGCCAUCAAAGAGGUUGGGUUGCAGAAAGGUCAGGCACUUGCUGUCGUCGGUAUCGGCGGUCUUGGCGUCCUCGGAGUGCAGUUUGCCAAAGCCCUGGGCUACCGAGUUCUAGCCAUUGAUAAUCGUGACGUGGGACUCAAACUUGCUGCUGAUGUACCGGUUCACCUGAAGCCAGACUUGAUUGUAGGAUAUGAAGAUCCCAGGGCUACUGCGCUCAUUAACGACUUCACUGGCGGUAUUGGUCUGCACGGUGCGGUUGUAUGUACUGAUGACGUUCCUGCGAGCGACUGGACUUUACACCGACUGCAGCCGAGAGGAGUUUGUGUUGUGCUUGGGCUCCCAGAGCUUGGCUUCAAGUUCGAUGCUUUCAAUUUAGUGUUUCGGGAAAUUGUGGUCAAGGGAACUCUCCACUCUAGCGUCAAGGAGGUUAAGAACAUGCUUGAGGCCGUUGCUCAGUACCGUAUCCUGAGUCAUCUUACUUUACUCUCCCUAGAGGAGGGUGAGGAUAUUCCCCAGAGAGCCGCUGCCCAUGCUUAUGAAGGACGCCUCGUCGUAAAAAUAUAG